CCGUUCUGUGACCAAAUAACUAGCUCAAGUUCACCGAUAUUGCCAAAAGUUUGGCUUUAACUAUAUUCCCUUUAGUUUGGAAGAUUGCCUGAGAUGAGUUUGCCUGUAAUUAUUUCUUUAUUUAGGAUGACUUCAUCGGGAGUUACUUAAGCUGGGGCUUUUUCUCAGUGUAAGACUCUUAUUGAAGCUGCCUAAUUUAAGUUGCUUUGUUGCGUUAGUUACGAGAAUCAGCAGUUGAAAGUGGCCUUGGAGAGUAUGCACGAUGUAGUAACCUGUCCCCGAAUCAACUGUGAGACGCCUGUGAUAGGAGAACAGGACUCCAACCUCGCGGUGUGUCAUAAGUGCUCAUUUUCCUUCUGUAAAAUGUGCCUUCGUUCAUUCCAUGGGGUUGAAAUAUGUACCCACCGAAAUGAACGCGUGGCCAAAAUUCGAGACGCUUACGAGAAGGGUGAUGUGAGGACAAAACGAGAGCUAGAGCUCAAGUAUGGGAAGCAGCAGCUGCUCAACUACGUGCACGAGAGUCGUUCCAUUGAGUGGGUGUCCAAUAACUCCAAGGCCUGCCCGUCUUGUCACAUAGGAACCCAGAAAACGAAAGGGUGUAACAAAAUGUGGUGUGCGAGGUGUGGAUGUCACUGGUGUUGGUUAUGUAACACCAAACUGAAAAAAGCAAAUCCCUAUGCUCACUUUUCCGCCGAGAGGUCAGCUUGUUAUCAGAAGCUGUAUGAUGGAAUGUCAGAAGCAGAGAGAAUGGCAGCAUUUGAAGCGGUAGAGGAGCCGAUUGUGCAACAUGAGCGUCCCCCUGAAGCAAUUCUGCCCGUGAAUAGAGCAGCACCAGUGGUCGAAGUCCACAUCAACCCACAGGCCUUGGGACUACUCGGCCCCGAAGACCCCCUUCAGGAUAGAGAAGCAACUCCGGGACCACCUAUGGAUCCAGGCGAACUGGAUAUGCUGGCAUUGCAGCUGCAGCAACAACUAAUAGAAGACGACGAUUUUCAAGUUGAAUUGAGAAAUGAUGGACUGAUAUAUGCAGAACUGCAACCUCAGAACUAAUGUUGGAAAGGAAUAAAUUUCAUUGAAAUCCGAAUGAGAUGCUUGUUAAGGUCAAGUGUCUCCUCCCAGCUUUGGAUUUUCAUUAUAGAUUGGUUCGAAGUGUCUCCAUAAGUGGCAGAGAACUCUUUUUGUCUUCAUAUGUCAGUGUUGUUAACACUCCAUGGACAGUCUGCUGACAAGAGCACUUGAUCUAACAAGAAAUUCUCAAAAAAUCCUGCAUAGUCGCUGUUUGAAUAUGAUUUCGUUCCCAGAUCUUAGUUGAUUCUAAUUUUUUAGUGACGACUGCUAUCGAAGUCGUACGCAGCACUAAUAUAAUUAAUUGAAAAUGACAGUUAUUGUAAAUGUUAAUGUAAAGAAAGAAGACAGUCUUAAGUUUUCAAUGCUACUCUAGUAAAGCUGAAUAAAUCGAAAUGCUUGUUCCGAAAAGAUCAUUUUCGGAACACUCCCUCCGGUGCUAGGUUAAAAAGACGACGGGACAUUACGGCGACAUGUCAUUGAGACAACAA